GGUGUGUGAUUGUGCGCGCGCGCGCGCGCUGAAGGACCGGUUGCCCUAGCUUAGAUAGUUGUAGGUAUUUGCCCUCAGAAGUCCUCCUCUCCGCUCAACUUCACCUCUGUAUCUGGACCGUCCGUGUCUGUGUCACGAUGGGCUGUCAUAAAACCCACAUCAGCAUCGCUUACGCCUCGUUCGGGACGCUGGUGGGCUUCUCCGUCUUCCUGGUGUGGGACAUCGUGUACGUCCAACCGUGGACCGGAGUCAUGGGGGGGCUGUCAGGUGUGUUGGCCCUUUGGACCCUGAUCACCCACAUCAUGUACCGGCAGGACUACUGGCGGACCUGGCUGAAGGGCCUCAAGUUCUUCUUCUGCAUUGGUGUUUUGUCCUCACUGCUGUCAGCUGUGGCCUUCAUCUCCUUCCUGUGUGUCGCCAUCAGCAGAAAGGAGUCUCUGCGCAACCCUCAGAGUCUCUACCUGUCCUGCGUGUGGAGCAUCAUGAGCCUGAAGUGGGCCCUCCUGCUCAGCCUGGCGGCCAACCGCUAUCAUAAAGAGUUCACCAGCGUCAGUAUCAUCAGUGACUUUUGAAAGCAUCUUCUCAGAGACGCGCACCCCACACACACACACACGUAUUCAAAUGCACAUUAUUCCUCGUGACAAACAAGUGUCAUGUUUGUUUUUAACUUUCCAUUUCAAGGGCGGAGCCUAGGAGGCCUGCUGAAAUCUGAUUGGAUCUUGAACUUUGCUGUGAAGAGUAAAAGUUUAAAACCCCUUUUCACAGCUUUAGUGGUGGUGGUUUAUAUCUUGUGAAAAAUAAACAUCAGUCCAACUUGGAAGUUAAUAAAGAUUAUUUAUGUGUGAAAAUAUUUUAUUUUUUAAAAAGCAUAAAUGUUGUUGUGUAAAUGAACUCACUGAACCAUGUUAGGAUUUUUAAACUCCUGAACCACUCUGAGACUUUUCCCUUUUGUCACCCUUUUGUGGCAUUCACGAGUUACAGUUCCAUGCUGCUGCCACUAGAGGUCACUACUCAUUCAUCUAUAAAUGCAUCACGUGGCAUGUUAGCCCCCCUGUAUAUGUACAGUCUAUGUGAAUGACAUGUUGCACUUGUACUGAUCAGCUGAAGAGUCCUGCAGUGGAUGCAGGACUUUAGACCCUGAUGACUGAGCAAAUGUUGAGCCGCACACUCAGAAACUAGAAGGCUUUAUUUGUGCAAUCCAGAUCAACAUUCCUCUUCAUUUGUGAACUACCAGUGGGCUUUUUUAUGAGGAAAAAUAAAGACUUUUCUCACAUUUUUUUCUGUAAAAGCUAACUUUGUGCUUUAAUUGAACAGUAAAACCACACAAAGUUU